AGCGAGAUUAGUUUUGUUCAUGGUCAGAUGUCAUUGCAGAAUGGGCUAAAUGUAUCCAUUACGGAACAACGUAAAAAUGUAGAUGAGUAGGCAUUAUUUAAUUCCUGUGAGUAGCACAAACAAGGCAACAAUGUGUGAGAUCUGGUGUCUGUCUGCCUAACUUUGCUGCUUACAAAAAAGGAACUAGGCUGUGAGAGUUAUUUUUGUCACAAUUCAAAAUGUGCAGUCGUCUGAUUAUAUAUUGUCCAAAGCCUUUGUUUCUCCAAUAACUUCACUGAGAACACACAUGGGUGCACUAAAGAUAUGGAAGCGCUAGGUACGCUGGAGAGCGCUCACCCAUGACUUGCUGUCACAGAGUGAUUCAUGGAGUGAAUGCUCUUGCACGCAUGUAGAGAGCGUGAUGUAAAGAUAAGGUCCAGGAAUUACACCCAAGCCAUGAUAAAACACACAAUUUCAGAAGAUUCCAUAUUCUAUCAAGAUCUUCCCACAUCAAGAAAACAGACAGCGAUUUCGAGAAAUGUAUUAAAAAAAGAGAAGAAGACUGCUGAAUACCAACACAUAUAUAAGGCAUUGGUCGAACAUAUUGCAUUAUAUCAUAUGAUGAGGACUAUUUUGAAUGUAUGUCUCAAAUCAACUGCCUCUGUAACUGGGUAAGAAAAUCGCAAACAUCAUUGUUAUAAAGCAACAAGAACGUUACUCUUGAGGUAAAACAUAAUGUACCAGCAAGGAAAAUUCUACCCAUUCUAAAAAAUUAACAACAAAAUAUACUUUCACUAGCUGGAUGAGCUCAAGCCCAUGUAUUGAUCACAUCUUCCAUCUCUUGUGCCCAGAGUCAGGGGACAGCAAUGAUGAUCCACGGGCAACACAAACUCAUCUAGACCAGAGAGUGAUGCAGUGCUGAUUCAGCAGGUGUCUAAAUCAAACUCUCAGACAGAAAAACUGCAUAUUUUAUUAUUGUCCGCACUCAGCUCUGCUGUGAGUCCCUUCUUCAGCAUCCAGCUGUGAUAUGAUGAAAUAGAUCAGGGAAACAUGGAUCAUCAGCAUUCUGGAUUCAUUGCUCAUUCUUCUCUCAUCUGUUUAAUCAUCAACUCAUACUCCCUCCCCCAUCAGAGUGGAGGUAUAUAACAGAGUUCCUCACCCUGUUUGGACAUCGUCCUCAUACAAGACGAGAAAGGGAGAGGGGAAGAGAUAGGGAGAGACGAGAGAAAGAGAGAGAGAAAGAGAAAGAAAGAGAGAGAGAGAGAGAGAGAGAGAGAGCGCAGUUAGACAGGCAGAUUAAUGUUGAGACUCUGAUAGAACGAAGGGGAAGGAAAAAAAGACAGCAAGAAUAACAUCCCCCAGAGACCAAAAGAUAUUAAAUAAGGCAAGCCUAGGAAGCACAUAGUAAGUAAGAAUGAAGGCCCUUUGUCUGUUAUUACUGCUGCUGGGUCUAAGCAAUGCUGCUGUCGCUCUCCCAACUCUUCCCAGCCUCAUCACCGAUGCCCCCACCCCCACAGCUCAAGCCCUGGGUGAGGGCAAAUCACGAUUUGCCAUGCUGGACGACGUCCGUCUCCUAGCCAACGGUCUCCUGCAGCUGGGUCAGAGCUUGCGGGAGUUUGCGCACAAGACCAAAGCCCAGAUCAACGACAUCUUCGAGAAGCUCAACAUCUUCGACCGCUCCUUCUACCAGCUCUCGGUGGUCACCAGCGAGAUCAAGGAGGAAGAAGAGGAGCUGAAGAAGACCACCACCUUCCUGAAGGUGAACAACGAGGAGAUCCGGAAUCUUUCCCUGGAGAUUAACACCAAGAUUGACGGCAUCCUUCAGGAGCGCUCGCAGCUGCAGACCAAAGUGGGGGGGUUAGAGGAGAAGCUCAAGGGGCUAUCGCAGACCAUGAUGCCCGCCGAGCAAAUCCACGAGAUUACCACCCUCAAGGAUGUGAUUGAGUCUCAGGAGAGAACCAUCACAGACCUGCUGAAGGCUGUGAGGGAACAGAACGAGCAGCUCAACUACCAGAAAAACAAGAUUAAGGGUCUGGAGGACAAGCUUAACUUUGACACUUUCCAAGAAACGUCUGAGAAGCCAACCAAUUCUGAGUCUGAUGUUCCAAGCCUUCUCCAUUACCUCACAGACAUCUCGACAAACAGCAGCACCAACAUUACUGAUCUCCCCAUGAACUGCAAUGAGAUCUUCAACAAAGGACAGAGGAACAGUGGGGUAUACGCCAUCAAGCCAAAUCAAUCACAGCCUUUCAAUGUGUUCUGUGAGAUGAACUCUGAUGGUGGUGCUGUUGUCAUUCAGCGCAGAGAAGAUGGCUCUGUAGAUUUUGACCAGACCUGGGAGAAGUAUGAGCAAGGCUUUGGGGACUUAAAGCAGGAGUUCUGGCUGGGGCUGGAGAAGAUCUACGCCAUCGCCAGGCAGGGGGAGAGUGUGAUGCUCAUCCAGCUGGAGGACUGGAGGGAGGAGACGCGCUCCAUCGAGUACCUGUUCACACUGGACGGCCCCGCCACCGACUACACACUCCACCUGACGCGCCUGAGGGGAAACCUGCCCGACGCCAUGAGCAACCACACAGGCAUGAGGUUCUCCACCAAAGACAGAGACAACGACAACCAUGAGGACUCCAACUGUGCUCGCAACUACACUGGUGGCUGGUGGUUCAAUGCCUGUGGAGACACCAACCUUAAUGGCAGGUACUUAUGGCUCAAGUCACGUGGGCGCUCUCUGAGAAGGAAAGGAAUCUACUGGAAGCCAGGGAAAGGCAGCCCCUACACCCUAAAAUCCACCAAGAUCUCCAUACAACUAGCACCCCAACGUCACUGAGGAGCACACUAAGCCCUCCCAGUCAGCACGAAUUGAGAAGCAGCAGGCAUCCACACAAAAUACGUGACUCGCUUCAGUCUGAUGCAACAUCGUGUCAAUGAUCUCUUACCAGAGGACUUCAGACAGACCAACAAAUGUUUAGCAAAGAAAACAUGUUUGAGUCUAGACCUGCGGGUGCUAGACUGACAGUGAAAUACUUAGCAUAGAUAGCUUCCAUAAUAUGAGUGUAAAAUACAUAACAAUGUCACUGCAAAAGAUAACUGACUGAUAAGCAUGCUGCAUACAAAACCAUCUUCCUGGGCCAGAACAUCUGAAGUAGUAGCAAACACCUCAUCUGGUCAGAACCUAAUAGAGGGCCAUCACUACAUUCCAUUUAUUGUAGAUUAGGUAUCAAGGCCCAUCGUUUUAUCUUGUUGAACCAGGUGCAACUGAAUGUGUGUGUGUUUGGGAAAAAACAACUAACCAUUAGUAUAGAAAUGUUUCACUAUGUUAUUUAUACUGUCUUACAAAUUGUAUUUAAGGUGUAAUGUAUACUGUAUUUAAACCAUUUUCAUAACCAUUCCACAACAGGGGCUUUAUAGCAUUAGCUUUUACUUAUUACUGAGUCAUAUUGAUUCUUGCUAGAUAUUCUGCGUACAUGGACUGUAUUUGUUUACUGAGACUUUCUCUAACCUAAUUACAGAAACUCUUAUCAUAUUUAUAAUAG